AUGGCGUCGACGUCGGCGGGCACCAUCCCUCCUUCCCUCUUCACGGUGGCCCCUACGAACGGCACCACCGGAGGGAACUCCACCGUCGCCACCCCGUUUCCGACGCCCGCUCCUGCGGAGCUCCCCGAGGGCGCCGCGCCCAACGUGCAGACGGACGAUUGGCGAGACGUUCAGGUCACCGCGUUCACCAGCCUGGCUGCCGGGGCGGUACUGCUGACGCUGUUCGAGUGCCUAAGGGGAAGGAGGAACCGAGGGUGUAGAUCCCUCUACCGACAGCGACAUAGCCUGCGCUUUCGCAAGAAGAACGUCCGCCUCAAGAGGAUCGCCGUAAAGCCUUACCCGAGAGGGUUUCUCCGCUGGAUAUCUAGCACCUGGAGAGUCUCAGACGCGGAAUUUUACGAGCAGGUGGGGAUGGACGGGUACGUGACCCUGCGCUUCAUCAAGCUGUGCAAGCGCCUGUGCGCCUUCGCGGCCUUCUUCGGCAUGGUUUUCUUGCUCCCUAUCUACGAGCAGGGGAUCAACGACAGCGAGGGGGCGUCGCGGCUGUCGAUGGCCAACCUGCAGGAGGGGGGUGAGACCCUCUGGAGCGGGGUGGUGUUCGCCUACCUCUUCACGAUCUACUUCCUCUACAGCCUCAGGAAGGAAUUUUUCGCGUUUUCGGACCUACGCAACGAUUGGUUGGCCGGCGGAGACGUGGCUCGAAGCACGCAGACCGCCUACACGGUGCGGGUGGAGCGGAUCCCGAGGGCCUUCCGAAGCCCCGUCAUCCUCCAGAAGUUCUUCAGCACGCUCUUCCCCGGCCAGAUCCAUAGCGCCACCGUUUGCCUCGGGCUGAAGGACCUGAGAGCGCUGACCCUCAAGCGAGCCAAGUGCCUGCAGGCGUUGGAGAGGGCCAUCAUCCGUCAAGAGGUUCUGAAGUUGUCUCCCCAAGUGAGGCCGUCCUGGUUCGGGCCUAAGGAGGACGCCGUUCGGUACUACGGCCUUCGCCUCGCCGAGAUCAACCAGAAGCUCAGGCCCAAGCAGGAGGCCAAGCUGGAGAACAUUGAGCGUUUCAGGCGAAAAGAGCUCCGGAACAUGGGGGCCAGCCUCGAGAACAUGGCCAUGUACUUCGUCGACCAGCUUGCCAGAGGCUCGGCGAGGGCGGCGUCGGAAGCUGGCGCGCGGCCCCGCCGCCGGGCGAAGGGGGUGGGGGUGGAGAAGCCGCGGAGAGGACUGCGGAACGCCCGCGAGGUGGCAAGGGGCGCACGCAGCAGCACCGACGGAGCAGAGCCAGCGGCGGUGGAGGCGCUCAGCGGCGUCGACGGAGUGGUUCCGUCGAAGGCGGCAGCGGUGGUGUUGAUGUUGUUGUUGGUGGAGGGGAUGACUCCUGCGACGAGGAGCAGGGGGGUAGUGGUAGUAGUGGUGGCGGCGGCAGCGGCGGCGGCGGCGUGCGGCCUUCCGCUGCGUUGUCGCCGGUGGCGGAGGAGCGAUGGGGGGGGUGGGGGCGGGCGACGCAGUUUCCUCACCGGCGGCGGCGACCGGGCCAGGGCACACACGACGAACAAGGACGACGGGAUGCACAGGGCGUCGAGCUGGAGGCAGCUGGUGAAGAGGAGGGACAGCCACGUAGCCGAGGACCAGCAGCAGGCGGUCAAAGAGGCGGAGGAGCUUAUCAACAAGCAGGGGGGGGACCUCAUCCGCUUCAACCUCGACCACGCCCGCCAGAUGAGCAACCUCCACCAAUCCCUUGGCGCGGGAGCACUCGGCCGGUCCGUGGCCGCGCCUCGCGUUUCCGUCCUCGUCCAACCGUCGCACCGCGACGGCAACGACGGCUGGGUGAGCGGCGACGAGAGCCGGUCGCGCAGUGGCCGCGGCGGCGGCAGCUUGGGCCCGCCGCCGCGCUUGACAAUGUUCGGCGGGACGCCGGCGGGGGGGGGGCGCAGCCGCAGCUACGGCCGCAACAACAGCUUUCUGUUCAACAGCAGGCACGGUUUCGACAGCGAUGGCGGCGACGACGAAGACGCCGCCGCCGCUUCCUCAGGCGGCCUCGGGGUUAUGCGGAGCGGCAGCGGCAACGCCCUGUCGGCGGGUACCCACGGCGGCGGUGGCGGCGAUGCAGCCGCCGCCGCCAUGCCGUGGAGGCAGGUUUUCCAGAACGCCCCCGUCGCCAGCCCCACCGACUCGAUCGCGAGCUCCUUCUUCAGCGUCUCUUCCCCGAGGCGGUUGCCGCCGGCGGUAGCGGCCGCCGCCGCCCAGAGCCGCCGGUGGUCGUCGGCCGAGGCCGGAGGAGAAGGUGUUCGCGUUGGCGGCGACGCCUCCGCCGCUGGCGGCGGCCAUCGUGGUGGUCGCAGAAGCGUCAGCGACGCGGUCUACGCCACCCACGCCGGCGCGCACGUCGACCGGAGGAGUUUUGGGCGCGACGGGAGCCGUGAGGGUGGCGUGGGAGGUGGCGGGCGCACCCGGUCUGGGCGCAGGAUAGUGGCCGGUGGCUCCGCGACGGGGGAAGGUGGUGCCACGGUGCCGGCUACGGUCGUGGAGCCGGUCGAAGGAGAAGGAGGGGAAGGAGAAGAAGAAGGACGAGGACGAGGAGGAGGAGGACGAGGAGGGCGGGGGGGGGCAAGAGGGGCAGGAAGAGGAAGAGGCCGGCGGCGAGACUCUGAGGUCGAGGACGAGGAUGAGCUUAGCGACGGCUACAACAGUGACAGCCGCCGCCGCGGGAGGGGGGUGAAGAUGCUCGACCAGCCCCGCAGGCGGUCCCUGUCGGGCACGAGAACCGCUGCCGGUGGCGAUGACAGACGGAGGUGCAGCAGAAGCCCGGCCCCGAGACACAGACGAACGCGCGGAGACUCGGAGGGAAGGGGCAGGGGGGGGCAUCCGCAGAAUGCGGAGGGAAGGGGUGCUGAGUCACCGGGUGGGGAAGAGCAACCGGCUCGGGAGGGCCAGGAGGAGGCGGACGACAUGGGCGAUACCUCGGACUCGCUGAUGAGCGCGCAGAACGUGGCAAGGUGGCCUUCGUCCGAUGGCGAGAAGACGAUGGAGAAGGUGGCGGCAAGGGGGGAGGAGGCGCUGAACGCUUUGUCACCGCCGCCGGCACCAACGGCGGCGGCGGCGGCGGCGGCGGCGGGGUCACCGCCGUCUGAAGCAGGUGUCUUGCCGCGGAGCAAGCUCCCGAGGUACAUCGACGACGAGGACGACGACCAUGACGAUAGCAGCAACGGGAGUAGUGCCGUCAGAAACUGGUCCGAAACACCCCCAACGGGCAGGGGCGGCGAGGCCAAGAGCAAGAGCGGCGUCGUGCCUAGCUCUCCCAGCUUACACCGGGCCUCCCUUUCGGAUGAAGAUGGAGGCGUUGAUGGCGACAACGGUGAUCAAUCCCCCAAAAACUCCCGAACUUCCUACUCGGUGUCGUCUAGCGGGUGCCGAUCGGACGCGGCGUUGUUGAGACAUAGCGCCAGGGGCGUGGCGGCCGACGGAGACGCGGUGCCGCGCCAGGAGCAGGAGGGGGCGUCGCCGGCCCGCGCGGGCAGGGAGGGCGUGCGGCGCCGCGGCGGCAGCGGGCGUACGAGGGGCCGGCAGAAGGGAUCCCUCACGCCGUUUCCUGCGCUGUUUUCACGGAGAAGUCGGUCGCCAGCCAAGACCCGGGUGUCAUCAGGCACCGGCCUCGAGAACGGCGGCGACUUCUCCUCCUCCUCCCCGAAAUCGCCAUCCUCGUUCGCGCUCGCCUCGCCCAAAGACCGGCGUCGGAUCUCCCCCCGCAGCAGGAGGCCGCCUGGCGCCGCUACGCCCAGCUCUAACCCCGAAACCGGCGGCGGCGGCGGCGGCGGCGGCGCUACGAAGGGAAGCCGCCAGCGUUCGGCGGCGCUUGCGACGGCGAGGCGGAGGGUCGGCGGGGACGCUCGGUGGGUUGCGGCGACGUCUUCGGAGAGUGCGGUGUCUCCCGAGAAGCCUCUCAUGCCGUGGGACGAGGAGUGGGAUGCCAUGGAGGGGAUGGAGGCGGGGCUCGGCGGCGGCGGAACCGAUUCGGACAAUGGGAGGCCAACGGGAAAGUGGAACGGCGGGUCGAUACCUCGGCCACCAGGAGACACGAUGCGAGACGCGUCUGCGGCGGUGAGGGAGGGUGUGCGACAGGGGCUGAUGAACGUCAACUCCGGAGUGACAAAGCGAGCGGUGAGAACAGGCCGCAAGAUGAAGCGAGGAGUGAACGAGGUGAAGGAUACCGUCAAGGAUACGGUGAAUGAUCUCCGGAGAGGGGUCGGGGAGAGCGUCAGCGAGGUGGCGGACGCUGUCAAGGUUUUGACCAAGGCUGGAGGCAUGUCCGGAACCGGUUUCGUGACCUUCAAGUGCCUCUCUGGCCGCGCCUGCGCCGUGUCUACCCUUGUCACCAACCGGCCGGAGGUGUUCAAUCUCACACCGGCACCGGAGCCUCGCGACAUCGUAUGGAAAAACGUGACGAACCACGUGAUCCACGUCCAGAACAGGAAUCGGUUUGUGAACCUGGGUCUCGCCUUGGGCAUUAUCUUCUGGUCGGUGGUUGUGUCUGGCAUCCAGACGCUGUCCAAGGUGGAAACGAUCGCUCAGGUGUUUCCCGCUGUGGAGAAGGCCGCGGAGGAGAACACGUUCCUGACCUCCCUCCUCGAGGCCUACCUACCCGUCACCAUCCUCCUCAUCAUCAUCAACCUGCUCUACUUUAUUCUGAAGUGGAUGGCCUUGCACCUGGAGGGGUACAAGACGUACAGCGAGGUGGAGAGGGCGGUGAUGAGCCGCUACUUUUUCUACCAGCUCGCCAACGUCUUCGUCACCAUCGGGGCCGGCUCCAUCAAGGAUGCCAUCGAGAAAAUCCUUCAGCAGCCGAGAGAGCUGCUGAACGUGCUGGGGGAGACGGUUCCAAAGGUGGCGGUGUACUUCAUCAACCUAAUCAUCGUGAAGGUGGUGACCGGCCUGCUUCUGGAGCUGUGCUUCGGCGGUCGGUCCCUCAAGUUCUGGAGGAUCCUCAUCGCCGAGACCUUCACCGAUCCCGGGCUGAGAACCAAGGCGGGCAAGACGCGCGGCGCGUACGAGCCGUCGGAGCCGUGGUACGGGAGGUUCUUCGCCGACUUCCUGCUCAUCAUGCUCAUUGUGUUUACCUUUCAGGUGAUCGCGCCCGUCGUGGCGGUAGCAGGCCUGCUGUACUUCAUCUUCGCCGAGAUUAUCUACAAGUAUCAGUUGCUGCACUGCUACUGGCCUUUGUACGAGUCCGGGGGUCUGUUUUUCCACAAGCUCUUCCGACAGUUGGUGGUCGGAGCCGUGGCGGGGCAGGUUACCUUGAUCGGGUACAUGUCGAUCCGACAGGGGCUCCGGCAGUGGCCGUUCUUGCUCCCGCUGCCACUGGUCGUUCUCUAUUCGUCCUCGAGGUGGCGAGACGCUGGUCGGCAGACGUCGAACAUGCUGUCGCUCGACAAGGCAGUCCUACAGGACGUGCAGAACGAGAUCAACGUCAGGGAGGGGGCGAAACCCGCCUGGGAAUCCUUCACGCCGACCGCUUACGUCCAGCCUUCGUUGCUCCCGGGAGACCCGGACGUGGAGUUUGAUGGAGAGGUGGACGUGGGGGAUCCGAGGGACGAUUCCGACGUGGACGUGGAAGGGCUCUUGGACCUCGACAGCAAGGGUAACGUGAUCGUCGGCAACCACGGCAAGAGCGCGCAGCGGAGGAAGGCGGGCCAAGUAUUACGCCGCGGCAGCACCAGCCGCCGCCGCCGCCGUUCGUCGGCGCUUCUGUAUUCGGCGUUUCCGUGGCUUGCCUCUUCCCCCCGAGACGAUGCCGGCCGCCCGGCCGCUUCUUCCAGGGAGUAUGGGCGUGAGGAGGAGCGAGAAUCUCGAAGGCCUACGAGAACCAUGUCCUCCUUGUUCCGGAGCCAGAGCGGCGGCAGCAUCAACACCUCCGGCAGAAAUCGUCGCCCCGAUGUUUCCAUUGCGUGAUACCGUCGCGUGUACGCGUGUGCCGGCGGCUCGUUCUGCGCCAUUUGGCGACGCGAGACCUUCUGCUCCGUGUUACGAUGACAGAAAAACCGAGCAGUUGUGCUUGGGGGGGGGCGAGAGGCGUGUGGGUUUUCUCUGUGCCGGAGGUGUGCCCUACUGGUGCCUUUUGCAUCAUCACUGAGAGAGUCCUUGUAUGCGUACCACUAACCGGCGGGCCCACACGCGAAAGAGACAUUAUAUUUUUUCGUUGUUUUUUUCUGCUCGCUUACUUUUUCUUUUUUCUGCGAUCGAGAAAGCGGUCACCAAAAAAGAGAAUAACAUCCGGCGGAGAGAUGUAGAAAACAAUACCCGGGAAUAAUUGUGGACGAGAGACGAGGGCCUAAGGGGCGGGGGGCGUGUUUUUGCUGGCGACAGGUCUCCUGCUGCUGUCAAGCUCGCUUGUUGCGGUUGGCGGUUUGUACAUUUUUUUUUUUACGUGUGGCGGUGGUUUGAUACACGGGCGCGUGACAAGCGGCAGCCUGGGUGGUAACUUGUUGCGUUUUUUUCUGUACAUUUUUGUAGAGGCAGUUGGUCCGGUUCGGGCUUGUACAGUUCGUCUAAAGGACAGCUGAUCUCCACGUUUUUUUUUUCGGUGCAGCUUUCCGCCCCCGGCACCGGUGUUUUUUUGGGUGUGUUUCGGUAGUGUCUGUUUAGUCAGUAUGCCUGGGCGGCGGCGGCGGCAGCUGCUCUUGCGUUUGAAUCGUAUCGACUCGAGGUUAUCCUGUGCAUUGAUGCCACUAGGGACGUUGAAGGGGAGAGGGAUAGUUGGUAGGCAGGGCGAGUUUACCUCGUUUCGACAACUACCUCUACUACAAUAUUUUUUGUUUGGUAGCCCACGUGCCGAGAGCAUAGUCUAGAUUUGUUUGUCUUUUUCGUAUGAGUGGCCGGGUAACUGGUAAAACCAAGAGUAAAGUACAAAUUAUUGACAGACGGCGGCCGCAAGGCGAGGUCUUUCCGAGGCCAGCCUUGAUGCGUAGGUGGCAGCGUAAAACAUUAGUCACGAGUAACUCUUGCUUGCACUGCCCUCCCUUGUUGUUCUGAUAUUCGGGUGUUGCUGGCGAUGGAUGGAUGGAUGUGUUUGUGCGCGUAAUAGCUUCUCUAUUGUCUUCUACAGGGUUUGGGUGAUCUAUGUGUUGGGUGAUUGUGCAGCACAGCUGCCGGUUCAACUUGGUGUCAUGUAGUUCAUGACCUCUAUUUUGGCAUCGGGGAUUGGCAAAGAGGUUCCGGCAUACCAUGCUAUAUGCCCGCCUGCCGCUGGGUCAAUAUUCUAUCGGACCGCGUUCUCCACAAGGUGGAGGUUCGCCAUCUCCACAGAUGAUGGAGUUUUGUGGGAUCUAGUGGCACGCUGUCGGGCUAUGCCGCUAUUGCCUGUUUCUGAGCAAUGAAAUCCGAGCGAGACUACCGCUUUCAAAGGAACGGGCAGUUGGGGUGGCAGCUUG